GGCUGUUGUUUGUAGCCGGGGAAGAGCGAUGGAGCAGGGCACAGCGGUACAGUGCGGCGGGCUGGUGUCAUCCGGUAAUGACCGGGAGGAGACCGGUACACCUGCAAUGCCAGUGCCGCUUGCCGCAGACAAGAAGCUGGAGCAGAAAAAACUGUCAGGAGUGGUGAAGAGCAUGCACCGGAGACUGCGGAGGAAGUAUCUGGAAGCUGGUGAUUUUGAUAGAAUAUGGAAAGAACACUGCAAAGAUGAAGAAAGGCUAUGCGAAUAUGCUGUGGCAAUGAAAAACUUAGCAGAUAAUCACUGGGUGAAGAGGUGUGAAGGAGAAAGUCGAAUUGAAUGGUGUCUCAGUGUCUGUCAAGAAUAUUUCUUCAAUGGAGGCAAAAGAAAAGCAAUAGAAAAAGAUGCAAGGAGAGCCGCCUUAAAUAAUCCCCAGCCUCCUGGCUCUGAGCGUUUCCUUCUGCCUGGCCUUGAUGUCUCCAAUGCCAGCGCAGCAAGUCAAGACUUUCAUCUCCCUGGCAAGAUCCGACUGCUUGAUGUAGGAAGCUGCUAUAAUCCUUUUGAGAAGUAUGAAGACUUUCUGGCUGUUGGCAUCGAUAUUGUGCCCGCUGUUGAGACCGUGUAUAAAUGUGACUUCCUGAACUUGCAGAUCCAGAGACCGCUUCAGCUUGCACCGGAUGCGGUUGAUGCCUUCCUGAAACAGCUGAAGAGUCCCAUAGAUGACCUGCCUGCUGAACUAUUCCACGUUGUCGUUUUUUCUCUUCUCCUUACUUACUUCCCUUCGCCUUACCAGCGAUGGAUUUGUUGUAAGAAAGCUCAUGAGCUCCUUGAACUCAAUGGCCUGCUGCUCAUUAUCACCCCAGAUUCUUCUCACCAAAAUCGGCACGCAAUGAUAAUGAAAAGCUGGAAGAUUGCAAUCGAAUCUCUUGGCUUCAAACGUAUGGCCUACUGCAAAGCUUCUCAUAUGCAUUUUAUGGCAUUUCGGAAAACCUCCCUGAAAACAACAAGUGAUUUGAUUACGAGGAACUAUCCAGACAUGCUCUACAUCCCUCAAGAUUUCAAUACUGCGGCAGAAGAGGAGUCCUCGAGCCCUUGUUAUGCGCGAUCUGAAGUUGAAGACGAACAGAUGGCAUAUACGUUUUCUGAGUUGCCAGAGACUCCUUACGAUUCAGAUUCUGGAGAAAGUCAGACCAGCUCCAUGUCGUUCUAUGAGUUUGAAGAUCAUAUACUUCUCCUGAGCUAAGAUGGGCCUGGUAUUUUCCAA